AAUAUGAACAAAAUUCUAUCAUAAGGUGUUAUCAUAUUACCGAGACAGAUUGUUUUCCUGAGUCAGAAAACCAUAUGAGAACAAGUUAAGGGUUAUCCUUCACAGAAUUCCAAAACCCAUUUUCUGCCUCAAUUUCAGAUCAUCAUCAUGCUCUUAGUGGGAUUCAGCAAAAGUGGUUGCUUGCUGAUUGCUUUUAGUGUAUAUUAUUUCUCUUUCAUUCUUCUGGUCUGCGCCUUAGACACCAUCACGCCAUCUCUUACACUCAAAGAACCUGAAACAGUUAGCUCAAGUAAUGACAUGUUCACGCUGGGAUUCUUCAGUCCUCAGAAUUCCACAAAUCGCUAUGUGGGGAUCUGGUUUAUGUCUAAAUCCUCCAUUGUUUGGGUAGCUAACAGAAACAAGCCACUAUCAGAUUCCUCUGGAGUUCUCACAAUAUCAGAUAAUGGCAAUCUUGUUGUUUUGAAUGGGCAAAAACAGGUUGUUUGGUCAACAAAUGUCUCAUCAACUACAUCAAAUUCCAGUGCUCAACUCUUAAAUUCCGGCAGCCUUGUACUUGUAGACAGAACUACUGGAGCAUUCAUGUGGCAGAGUUUCCAGCAUCCUAGUGAUACAUUAUUAAAAGACAUGAAACUCAUUACAAAUCAAAAAGAAGGUAAGAAAAUAAUACUUACAGCAUGGAAAAGUCCAUCUGAUCCAUCCUAUGGAGGAUUUUCUUGCAGUCUUGAGCCCCGUAAUGUUACUGAAGUUUUUGUGUGGAGAGAAAAUCUUCCUCACUGGCGUAGUGGUCCCUGGAAUGGCAGAGUUUUCCUUGGGAGACCAAGGAGUUCAUACAUGUCCUCAAAUGCAUUUCAAAUCAAAAUAAAGGAAGGGAAUUUUGAACUAUAUUUUAAUUUCACAGGUCAGUCUUUAUUGACUACUUUUAGGCUAGAUCCUCAAGGUAAUAUUGAAGAACAACGCUGGAAUUCCAAGGCAAGUAUAUGGGAAUCUGUGUGGACAAGUGGGUAUUCUGAGUGUGAUGUUUAUGGUAAAUGUGGCCCAUUUGGGAUCUGCAAUUCACUGAGCUCACCAAUCUGCAGCUGCAUGAGAGGGUUUGAACCAACAAAUAAAAAAGAAUGGGAAAAACAGAACUGGACUAGUGGGUGUGUAAGAAGAAAACCACUUGAAUUUCAGUGUGAGAGAGGCAAUAAUGGUUCUCAGGCUAGCAAAGCAGAUGUGUUUCUGAAGUUGGAGAGGGUAAAGCUACCAGAUCAAGCGGAGGUUUUACCCUAUGACAUUGAUCAAGAAAGAUAUUGUGGAACUCGAUGCUUAAAAAGUUGUUCUUGUAUGGCUUAUUCGUAUGACACAGGCCUUGGCUGUAUGAUAUGGAAUGCAGAUUUACUUGACAUACAAAGCUUCUCAGAUGGGGGCAUGGAUCUUCACAUACGUUUAGCCUACUCAGAAAUAGGUACAGGAAGGAACGUGACAACUCCUAUUAUAAUAUCAGUUCUGACAGGAGCAAUUCUCAUUACUGCCUCUGGAUAUUUCUUAUGGAAAAAAUGGUCAAAGCAUAAAGGGGAAAAGCAGAUGCAGGUUCGGGACCAAACAAGAAUUACAAACCUGAAGCAAGUCCAUAUUCCAGAGCUAUCAUUGUUUGAUUAUAGAAAGUUGACCACUGCAACAAAUAACUUUGCCUUAGCAAAUGAACUUGGAAAGGGUGGUUUUGGUUCAGUUUACAAGGGAAAGUUAAAAGAUGGACAAGAAAUAGCAGUAAAAAGAUUAUCAAGAUCGUCAGGACAGGGCAUGGAAGAAUUUAUGAAUGAAGUAGAGUUGAUUUCUAAGCUUCAACAUCGAAACCUUGUUAGGCUUCUUGGUUGUUGCAUUGAAAGAGAAGUGAUAUUGGUUUAUGAAUACAUGCCGAACAAAAGUUUGGAUGCAUUUAUCUUUGAUCCACUACAGCAAAAAUCCUUAGAUUGGGUAAAGCGCUUCAACAUAAUUGAGGGAAUAGCUAGAGGACUACUCUACCUUCAUAGAGAUUCAAGAUUAAGAAUUAUACAUAGAGAUUUGAAGCCAAGUAAUAUAUUGUUGGAUGAAGGGAUGAAUCCAAGGAUAUCAGAUUUUGGGAUGGCUAAACUAUUUGGAGGUAGUGAAGGUCAGGCAAAUACAAAAAGAAUUGUUGGAACAUAUGGCUACAUUUCUCCAGAAUAUGCAACUGAAGGACUUUAUUCAGAAAAAUCUGAUGUUUUUAGCUUUGGCGUUUUGCUACUAGAGAUUAUUUGUGGAAGGAAGAACACUAGCUUUUAUGAAGAUGCAGAGUCUUUGUCACUUUUAGGAUUUGCAUGGAAGUCAUGGAUCAAUGCCAAUGCCAUACCCCUAAUAGAUCCACAAAUAUAUGAGCCAAGAUUUAAUGAUGAUAUAUUGAGGUGCAUACAUAUAGGUCUUCUUUGUGUGCAAGAACUUGCAAAAGAUAGGCCCACUAUGGCAUCUGUAAUGUCAAUGAUUCAAAGCAAGACUAUGGAUAUUCCUCCCCUAGGACAACCUGCAUUCAUCUUGAGGCAAACCAUGUCUCAUGCAGCAAAGCAAACUUCAAAUAUUGAUAAAUUAUGUUCUAUCAAUGAAUUAACUGUCUCAAAUUUUGAUGGGAGAUCAGAACAGGUUGAUGGUUAUCCUACACAGCAUACCCAAACCCAUUUUCAGCCUCCAUUUCCUAUGAUCGUUAUGUUCGUUAUGGGAUUCAGUAAAAAAGCUUACUUGUUACUUACUUUUAUUACAUUUUUCAGUGUUCAGGUUUGUGCCUUGGACACCAUCACACCAUCUCUUUCAAUCCAAGAACCUGAAACAGUAAGCUCAAACAAUAACAUGUUUACGCUGGGAUUCUUCAGUCCUCAAAAUUCGACCAAUCGCUAUGUAGGGAUUUGGUUUAUGUCCAAAUCCUCUGUUGUUUGGAUAGCCAACAGAAACAACCCAUUCACUGAUUCUUCUGGGAGUCUCACACUAUCAGAGAAUGGUGACCUUGUUGUUUUGAAUGGGCAACAACAGGUUGUUUGGUCAACAAAUGUCUCAAUUACAUCAAAUUCCAGUGCUCAGCUCUUAGAUUCUGGAAACCUUGUCCUCGUAGAUAAAACUACUGGAGUAUUCAUGUGGCAAAGUUUCCAGCAUCCUAGUGAUACAUUAUUACAGGACAUGAGACUCAACCGUCCAAAAACAGGUGAGAAAGUGCAGCUAACAUCAUGGAAAAGUACAUCUGAUCCAUCCUAUGGAGUAUUUUCUGGCAGUAUUGAACCUCAUAAUGUUACUGAAGUGUUCAUAUGGAAAGAAAAUCAUCCUUACUGGCGCAGUGGUCCCUGGAAUGGUACCCACUUUCUCGGGGUACCUGGAAGUUUGUCCGUGUUCCUGAACGGCUUUCAGAUUAAAGGAGAGGAAGGGAGUUUUGAGCUAUAUUUUCAUUACACAGAUAAAUCUAUAUUGCUAACUCUUAGGUUAGAUCCCCAAGGUAACAUACUAAAACAACGUUGGAAUGCUCAGACGAAUAUAUGGGAACUUGAGUGGAUAACAGGUGAUACAGAGUGUGUUUAUGGGAUAUGUGGUCCAUUUGGUAUCUGCAAUUCGUUGGGCUCACCGAUUUGCAGCUGCAUGAGAGGGUUUGAACCAAAAUACAUAGAAGAAUGGGAAAGGCAGAACUGGACCAGUGGGUGUGUGAGAAGGGAAGCACUUCAGUGUGAGAGAGACAAAAAUGGUUCUCAAGCUAUCAAGGAAGAUGGGUUUCUAAAGUUGGAAAGGGUAAAACCACCAGAUCAUGCAGAGGUUUUACCUUUUAGUUUUGAAGGCACUGCAGAUUGUCAAACUCCAUGCCUGAAGAAUUGCUCUUGUGUAGCUUAUGCACUUACCACAGGCCUUGGUUGUAUGCUUUGGUAUGCAGAUUUACUUGACCUGCACAGAUUCUCGGAUGGAGGAGUUGAUCUUUACAUACGUUUAGCCUACUCAGAACUAGAUACAGAUAGGAGCAUGACAACACCUAUUGUAAUAUCAGUUCUAAUAGGAACAAUUCUUAUUACUACUUCUCUAUAUUUCUUAUGGAAGAAAACGAAAAAGCAAAAAGGUGAAAUAACGAUGCAAAUUGAUGACAAAAGAAGGAUUACAAAUCUGAAGCAAAUCAAAAGUCAGGAGCUAUCAUUGUUUGAUUAUAGAAGGUUGGCAACUGCAACAAACAACUUUGACUUAGCAAAAACUUGGGCAGGGUGGUUUUGUCCAGUUUACAAGGGUAAGUUGGAAGAUGGACAGGAAAUAGCAGUGAAAAGAUUAUCAAGAUCGUCACGACAGGGUAUGGAAGAAUUUAUGAAUGAAGUGGAGUUGAUUUCUAAGCUUCAACACCGAAACCUUGUUAGACUUCUUGGCUGUUGCAUUGAAAGAGAAGAAGAGAUAUUGGUUUAUGAAUACAUGCCAAACAACAGUUUGGAUGCAUAUAUCUUUGAUCCUUUGUGACGACAACUUUUAGAUUGGGGGAAGCGCUUCAACAUAAUUGAGGGAAUUGCUAGAGGAUUGCUUUAUCUUCAUAGAGAUUCAAGACUAAAAAUUAUACAUAGAGAUUUGAAGGCAAGUAAUAUAUUGUUGGAUGAAGGGAUGAAUCCAAAGAUAUCAGAUUUUGGGAUGGCUAAACUUUUUGGAGGUGGUGAAGAUCAAGCAAAUACAGGAAGAAUUGUUGGGACAUAUGGCUAUAUUUCUCCAGAAUAUGCAACAGAAGUACUUUAUUCAGAAAAAUCUGAUGUCUUUAGCUUUGGUGUUUUGUUGCUUAAAAUUAUUAGUGGAAGAAGAAACAUUAGCUUUUAUGAAGAUGCAAAGUCAUUCACACUUUUAGGAUUUGCAUGGAAACUAUGGAUUGAAGACAACAUUAUAUCUCUAAUAGAUCCAAAAAUAUAUGUUCCAAGCUUUCACAAGGAUAUAUUGAGGUGCGUACACAUAGGUCUUUUAUGUGUGCAAGAACUUGCAAAAAAUAGGCCCACUAUGGCCUCUAUAAUGUUAAUGCUCCAAAGUGAGAUUAUGGACAUUCCUCCCCCAGACCAACCUGCAUUCAUCCUUAGACAAAAAUGCCUCAUUCAGUAGAGCAAACUCCAAAAAAUGAUGAAUUAUAUUCCAUCAAUAAGUAACUAUCUCAAAUUUUGAGGGGAGAUAGACAGUAGUUAAUGAUGUUCUUGUUUUCAUUUUGAUCAUUCAUUGACAUGUAAUUUCAAUAUUUUCAAUAGUGUAGCUCUAAACCUUGUGUCUACAAAAUUUUCUAUCUUGUUAGCCCUAAA